AUGUCCAACUAUGGCCACCGGAAUUUCAGAUGGCACACUCUGAGCCACUGUGACUGCGACAAUCGAUUAAAACAAUGCUUAAGAGAUGUGAAUAAUACAGCCUCCAGAGUGGUUGGACAAGCCUUCUUCAACGUGUUGGGGGUGCCAUGCUUUGACUUUGUCUAUGAAGAACAGUGUGUGGAGAGGUACUGGUACGGAUGGUGCAGGAAGUACGAUCGGGUGCCCAUCGCUGUCCCCAGAGAUUCUGUUCUCUAUGACUACGGGGGAGACUUGAUUGAUGACCUAAUUCUGAGGCCAGAGCCUGGUUCGGAGGAGCCCAUGACCUUGCCCCCGGCCAGCAUUCCCCCGGCAUUUACAGCGGCUCCAGGAUCUGCCAAGGCAGAGCAGUCGACUCUGGGUCAGAUGCUGAAUGUGGCGGAGGAUGUCCUCAAAGUCAUGGCCACCCGUCACCCAGAGCUCGGCCCAUUGCAACGAUCCCGGGCCGGCGGCGGGGACUGA